AUGACGUCGAGACUUUUCUUCUUCGUCGUCCUCCUCCUCGCGCUCUUCUUCGCCUCCCCCGCGCGCGCGGUCAAGGUCGCGAUCGCGCCCGACGGGCGUGAGUGCGUCACCGUCCACGCGACGCGCGUCGCGGACACGUUCAGCGGAUUCCUCACCGCGUCGUCGCCCGAUCUCGACCCGCGGUCCUACUACGGCGCGUUCGACCUCGUCGUCAGAGACGACGAAGACAACGUCGCGUUCCAGAAGAACCGCGUGAACGACCACAAGUUCGAGUUCGAGAGCGAGCGCGCGGGCGCGCACGAGUUUUGCAUCCACAACCGCGACCACGCGACGCGCACGGUCGUCUACGACGUCCUCGUCGGUCAUCACUUCGCGCACGACGCGGCGACGCGCGAGACGGUGACCGACCUCGAGGCGGCGAUCAUAUCGCUGAAGUACAUCACGAACGAGGUCAGGGCGGAGAUGGAGUACCAGAAGGAGAGGGACCGGCACCACAGAGCGAACGCGGACUCGAUCGCGGCGAAGGUGACCGGGUACGCGUUGUUGCAAGCGGCGGCGCUCGUCGGCGCGUCGGCGUGGAACGUCGCGUUCGUGAAGGGGCUGUUCGAGAGCAAGUUCGGGGCGUUGGGCGCGCGGCACGGCGGUCGAGGGGUGUGA